AUGAACGUCGUGCAGCUGGCCCCAGUCUUUGAAAAGUUACUCAGUCUAAAAUUUUCUGGUACAGGAGAUCCAGAACAUGGAGAUAAUGUAGGGCUUGAUCAAGAUAGUGGUGCUAAUCAAGAUAUAGAUGAAGGAAUGGAGAGUGAUGAGGGGGAAGGAAUGGAGAUUGAUGAGGAAGAGGAAGGAUUUAGACCUGAGCCAAAAAUGAGCGUCGUCGGAAUAAAGCUGCUGCAAAGCAACAGGAGCAUUUACAGCAGCAGAACCAUGAGUGGUCUAUUAGAGCUGAUGAGCAAAAAAUUAGCUUGGGGAGAGAUGCCGUCACAGCUGCGACAUGAUACACAAGCUAAUCUACAAACACUCAUGGAUUGA